AUGCCCGGGGGUUUUCCUGGCGGGAGUGAUAGGAGCGGUGGGGGUUUGCCGCCGCCUAGCCCGUUGCUCGAGGCUUACCAUGGGACGUGGCAGUCACUGAGUCCGAUGCCGAGCCCGAUGCUCUGGCCGCGCGGGGACGAUGAGCUCGAGGGCUUGGAGCCGUUGGAUCCGCCCGAGACGCGGCAUCUCGUGCCUGAGGACCGCAGGCAUAGGAAGAAGAAGCAUGGGCAUGGGAGCAGCAGUAGGCAUAGGAGCACCAAGCGGGUCAAGAUCUACGAUGCGGAGGAAGACGCGCGCGAUAUCUACAGCGCGCUGACGGCGCGGGGCGAGCCCGCCACAGGCGCCCUCAUCGACAUCCUGCCCUACCUGAGCGAGGACCAAAUGCAAGAGCUGCGAGCCGCAUACAAGCACCUCUACAAGAUGCACGGGCGCGGCAUCAACGUCGCCAAGCACAUCAAGCUCAAGCUGCCCUCCAACUCCAACUUUGCCAAGAUCAGCCACGCAACCGCGCUGGGCCGCUGGGAAAGCGAGGCGCACUGGGCGAACUACUGGUACCAAGGCAGCAGCAGUCGGCGCGAACUGCUCAUCGAAGCGCUCAUGGGCCGGCCCAACAGCGAGAUCCGCGCCAUCAAGGCCGCCUUCCGCGAUAAGCGCUACGGCGACAGCCUGACGCGGUGUAUGGAGGCGGAGCUGCGCCGCGACAAGUUCCGCACCGCGGUGCUGCUGGCGCUGCAGGCGGGCCGUCAGGAUGAAGGCGAGGUCUGGAGCGUCGAGGAGCGUAAUCGCGACGUUGAUGCCCUAGCUGCGGCCGUGCGCAGGCGCGAGGGCGGCGAGUCGGACAUUUUGGCGAUUGUUUGCACGCGCAGUGAUGCCCAUUUGAGGGAGGUGCUGCGCGUGUAUGAGCGUAAGUGGCAGGGCAAUUUCGCGAGGGAGGUGCUGCGGAAGAGUAAUAACCUCGUGGGCGAAAUAACCGCGCACAUCCUCAACGGCGUCAUCAACCGGCCCGCCCGGGACGCCAUGCUCCUGCACCACGCACUCCUCGACAUAAUGGAGACGCACAACAACGGCAGCAGCGGGGCAACGCCUCGCUCCUCGUCGCUCUUCUCCUCCUCCGCCGCUGCACCACCUCUUUCCGCGACGACGGCGCCCCCCGUCUCCUCGGCUGAGCGCCAGCACCGCCACGAACUCCUCAUCUCCCGCCUCGUGCGCUUGCACUGGGACCGCUCGCAUAUGCGCCGCGUGCGUGUCGCGUACCGUGAGAAGUAUGGCGCGCUGUUGGAGGAGGAUGUUGAGGAUGCCACGAGGGGCGAUUUUAGGGCGUUUUGUUUGGGGCUAGUGGAGGGGUAG